AUGGGCGAAGUCGGUGAUCCAUUGACUCUCCGCGAGGAGAUUGGACAAGGCGUUUCGGAUGUUAGCAAAGCUAUCAGUGCAUCGUUGCGGCCAUUGCCUGUUACGUCUGGGGAUGGCACCUAUCUUCCAAAGGCACAAACAACGGGUAUUCUGGAUGACCUUGCUCAUAUGAAGCUAGGAGAUGCAGGAACACUGGCAGAAGCAGCUAAGCUAGCCGCCACAGGCCAACUAAUCGAUGAUAAGCGUUAUAUUAUGGAGAGGAUUAUCCAGUUAGCAGCAUCCUUGCCAAGCACAUCUAAGAAUGGCAUGGCAUUAACAGGAGACUUACUCUCUCAAUUAUGGAAUGAUUUACAGCACCCCCCACUCACACAAGUUGGCACUGAAUAUAUGUACCGAACUGCGGAUGGAUCACAUAAUAAUAUACUCCGUCCGGCUGUUGGAGUUGCUGGGUCGACAUAUGCAAAGACUGUCCAACCAAAAUCUAUGCAGCCGGUCAAUCUUCCAGACCCGGGAGUUCUUUUUGACUCGCUCAUGGCCCGGGAGAGCUUUGAACCACACCCUAGCCAGAUCUCUAGCACGUUAUUCUAUCUCGCUUCGAUUAUCAUCCACGACCUAUUUAAGACGGACCCGCGGAAUCACACGAUUUCGAAAACCUCGUCGUAUCUUGAUUUAUCCCCUUUAUAUGGGUCAAAUCAGGCAGAGCAAAACAGUGUAAGAACUUUCAAGGAUGGAAAGCUGAAGCCUGACAGCUUUGCCGAAAGACGGGUACAUGGACUACCUCCUGGCACCGGGCUCUUGCUCGUGAUGUUCAAUCGCUUCCACAAUUAUGUGGUUGAAAACUUGGCAGCCAUUAAUGAAGGAGGUAGAUUUUCAAAACCCCAGAAUGGAGAUGCUAAGGCUUAUGCAAAAUACGACAACGAUCUAUUCCAGACCGGUCGCCUAAUCACUUGUGGGCUAUAUAUCAACUGCAUUCUAAAGGACUACGUACGAACUAUUCUUAAUAUCAACCGUAUUGAUAGCGAUUGGAGUCUUGACCCGCGAGCAGAGAACGCAAAGCCGUUCUUGGGUUCCCCGAUUACGUCUGCAACAGGAAACCAAGUUUCUGUGGAAUUCAACCUCAUUUACAGGUGGCACGCUUGUAUUUCAGAGCGUGAUGCUAAAUGGUCGGAAAACAAAUUCCGCAAGAUGUUUCCAGGUAAAGACCCUGAAACAAUCCCUAUGGAAGAGUUUCUUCGAGUUCUAGGUAAAUUUAGUGCGACUCUGCCCGACGACCCUCAGGAGCGAGGAUUAGGGCACCUUAAGCGCGGACCGGACGGCUUGUUCAACGACGACGAACUUGUUCAGAUGCUGACCGAAGGAAUUGAGGACUGUGCUGGGGCUUUUGGUGCUAGGGGGGUGCCAAAACUUCUACGGCCUGUUGAGAUUUUGGGUAUCAUGCAGGCAAGAUCAUGGAAUCUAGCCACCCUUAACGAAUUUAGGAAGUAUUUCCAUCUCAAACCGCACGAGACAUUCGAAGAGAUCAACUCGGAUCCGUAUAUUGCUGAUCAGUUGAAGCACCUUUACGAUCAUCCUGAUAAUGUCGAACUCUACCCUGGAGUAGUCGUUGAGGAGGCAAAAGAAGUUAUGGUUCCAGGAAGUGGACUAUGCCCCAACUUCACAAUUUCCCGUGCUAUUCUUUCGGAUGCGGUUGCACUGGUUCGAGGCGACCGAUUUUACACCGUUGAUUAUACCCCCAAAACCCUUACAAACUGGGGACUUAGCGAAUGCAGCUAUGAUCUUAAAGUUAACAAUGGACAUGUGUUCCACAAACUUAUCUUGAGGGCUUUUCCUCAUCAUUUUAAACGCAAUUCGGUCUACGCUCACUUCCCAUUUGUUACCCCGUGGGAAAAUUCGAAAAUUCUCUCUAACUUGGGAAUUGCUCGGAAAUACUCCUGGGACAAGCCUAGAAGAGUGAGUCCACCCAUCAUUUUCACCUCUCACUCAACUUGUCGAGCUGUCCUUAAAAACAAGAAAGAUUUCAAAGUCAUCUGGGGUGAAACGAUCGAGUACUUGAUGAAACGAGACGGCCGUCCAUUUGGUAGAGACUUCAUGCUUGCUGGAGACCGUCCUGCAAACUCGGCAUCUAGAAAGAUGGUGCAUGAUGCCCUCUAUAUUGACCGCUGGCGUGAGGAAGUUAGGGAUUUCUACAAAGAUAUUACGAUAAAACUGCUCCACAGCAAAGCGUACAAGUUAGCCGGCAGAAUCAACCAGGUGGAUAUUGUCCGUGACGUGAUAAAUAUGGCACAUGUCCAUUUCUGUGCUGCAGUUUUCUCUCUACCCCUGAAGACUGAGGAAAACCCACGAGGCGUCUAUACCGAAAAAGAGCUCUAUGGCAUUAUGGCGCUGGUUUUUAACUGCAUUUUCGUCGAUGCAGACCCCACCAAGAGCUUUGGUCUUCAUGAGGCGGCACGGGAGAACACCCAGGCCCUUGGCCGACUUGUGUUAACAAAUGUUGAGCUGAUCAAACGAGCUGGAUUCCUGGCUCCCCUAAUUGAGAAGAUUGAUAGGCAUGACAAUAUUCUUGCCGACUAUGGUAUACAUAUGAUACAGCGUUUGCUGGAUACUGGGCUUCCAUCCCAGGAUAUCGUCUGGUCACAUGUCUUACCCACAGCUGGUGGUAUGGUUGCGAAUCAAGGGCAGCUCUUCUCACAGUGCCUGGACUACUAUCUUUCUGAAGAAGGCUCAGUGCACCUACCAGAGAUUCGGAGGCUAUCCAAGCUUGAUACUCCGGAGGCCGAUGAUAUACUUCUUCGAUAUGUCCUGGAAGGCUGUAGGUUGAGAUCUGGCGUUGCUCUCUACCGUGACGUUACAACGGCGACUGAAGUCCAAGACGGUGACAUGGAUAUAAUCCUGAAGCCUGGUCAGCGGGUUGGAUGUAACCUGGUUGCUGCGUCCAUGGACCCGACAGCCUUCCCAAACCCUACCAAAGUCGACCUCACCCGGAGUUUAGGAUCUUACAUUCACUUUGGAUACGGCCCUCACCAGUGUCUUGGCGCAGAUAUGUGUAAUCUUGCUCUUACCUCAAUGUUGAAGGUUAUCUGCCAACUAGAAGCCCUCCGACGUACGCCGGGACCACAAGGCCAUCUCAAGAAGGUUCCUGGGCCAGGUGGUCUGACCCUGUACAUGCCUGAGGACCAGGGCAGUUAUUCGCCGUUUCCUGUCUCCAUGAAGGUCCAAUGGAAUGGAGUUUUGCCAUCAAUUAAGGGCAAGCAAACGGAUAAGAACUAG